UGUGAUUUUGGAUUCAGUUGAUGCCUUAAGGAAUUUUGUGAUUUGACUUAGGUAGUUGUUUUGAAUUCAUGAGAAUUGUAUACAGACAAUUUAUUGACUGUGAUGAACUUGAUUGUUUUGAAUUAAGUUAAGAAAUAGUGGGAAUGGAUAUUUAAGUCCACUAAGUUUCAGUUUGAUCAUAAUGUUAUGAUGUGCAAAUUGGACAUAAGUGAUCUAAGAGCGCCGGUUGCAUAAUGGUUGUGACUGUGAGUUUUUCAGAUUCUGUGUUUUGAGAUGCAUAGGUAGAUUGUUUAUGAUGUUGCUCAAAAGGCUUAGUGAUCACCCUAUUGUAGUCUUAAUCGAACUAGUUUCUUGGUUUAUACUUGCUUAAGUGGGAGAAUGUAAGAUUGUAAGCAUGAGUAUGAAUAUGUGAACUUAGUUAAAGCAUUAAAGACUGAAUAGUAAGUCUUGUUGAGAUUGGAUAUUUGAAUCCAUAUCGGUGCUGAAUUGCUAUUUCAUAAGAAUUGUUUUUCUAUAUGGAUUUUAAUAGGGAAAUCCUUAUGGAAUAAGGUUAGGAUUAUAUAGUAUAUAUAUGGUGGCCUAUGCUCUCACAGUGUGUGCUAAAUUUUAGACUAAGACCUAUUAUUAGUUAAAAGCCUUUGAACACUAAAGAGAGGAGAAGGUGCGCUGUGAUUUUCUGCAGAGAUCAGACAUGGCAACCGGUUCAAGUUCAUCUGCAGGUAUGGUUUUCUUCAUGUAUUGUUUGCUGAGUUAUGGUCAUGUGUUUUGAUCAUUGUGAUUCAUGUUGCUAGAUCUUGGUUCUAUGUUUAGUCUAACACUUUGAUCAUACAACUUCUUGCUUUACAUAUGCCUUACUCUGAUAUAGGUGGCGACUCAUUUGAAUUUGAAUUGUAGAGAAAAAUUAGUUAUCAUUUAUAGAUUCUGAUUGGAUAAGAUUAUAUAUUUGAAUCACUUAUUCAGAUUCGACAAGUUUACUGCAUUCUAAUGUUUACUAAAAUACUAGAUUGAGCUUUUUUUUUCUUUGGUACAACUUAAUUAAACACGGUGAAAAACAACCUACAACAUAAAAAAAAAACUGAGGCAAACUGACAGCAAGGGAAACAAGGUGGCAAAAAACCACCACACUCAGCAACCAAGAACAACCCAAAGCAUAAGCAACAACAAACAAGAAACAGAGAGAUUCCGAGAAAGCAGAACUUCGUUGUUACCUGCAGGAAACCUAAACAUUGACAAAGAAAGUCUGCAGGGAACGGUAGACACAAUGGCAUAAAAAUGGAAGUAGCAUCCCUGGAAUUAUUCUGAAAAUUUCUGUCGCAAUGCGAACAAAAAGUCAAUGAGAGGGUACCAAAUUAAUCAAUUACAUCUGUAUGUAGUUACGUACUGACAUGCAAUAAAAAAAAAUCACGUGAAGAGAGAGGUAGACGCAAUGGGACAUACAACCGGUUACAAGACAUAUUCUCUCCCACCCGAGAUACUCAUGUUGAUACUUCGUUUUUUGAUAUUUGUAUAUUAAAGUCAAAUGUGGGGGUUCAUCUCUUCCUCUAAUUUUUCAACUCACAAUUAACUUGAAUUACAAGAAUUGAAGAGGAGAGAAAACGAUGCUGAUACUUACAACAACCAAUCAAAGCAUGUAAGUUUCCUUUGAGCUGAGGGAACUAGAUGACCACAUAUGAAUUGAGAUAUUUUCUACUAGACGAACAUCGUUCUUUGAUUGAAUCCAAACCUACUUCUGAUUGAAGACAGUUUUCUCAGUUUCACGUUGGAGAACCUUACACAUUACUUCACUCAAGUAUCCUAAAACAGUAAUAGAAAGUCUAGAUUCUUUGCAUAUAAAAAUGGUUUUUUGACACAUUGAUUUGCAGCGGUUACAUGUCUUCAGAAUAUGCAAUUGAUGGUUUCUGCUGUAUAAAGUUCAAAGUCUUUAGCUUUGGUGUUUUGGUGCUAGAGAUAGUGAUUGGGAGCAGAAAUAGAGAAUUCUCUCAUCUAGUCUUCAACCUCAACCUUCUCGGACAUGCAUGGAUGCUACACACAUAAGGCAGGCCUCUCGAACUGCUUGAUACAUCGGUAGAGGAAUCCAUCACUCUGCAUGAAGUUGUACGAACAACUCAAAUGGGUAUUUUAUGCAUGUAGCUGAAUUCGGAAGAUAGGUCGAGCAUGUCAGCUGCAGUUCUAAUGUUGGGUGGUGAAGGGUUGCCUGGCUUCUGCACCAUUUCCUACCAAUACAGUGGAUUGCUACAUACCUCUCUUCAAAAUCAGUUAGCAAGUAUACCCAAAAGGUUUCAUGGCAGGUAAUGGUCUGCCAUCUCUGGGUCGUGUGAAACUAGCCGAUUUGGCUCCUGCUGAAGGCCUUCCAUCAGAUUCUUACAAACUAUCUGUUUCAACUUUGUCACAAUCACUAGCUCAGUAUUCUGCUGCCAUCAUUCAGUUUCCAGUGAGUGAUGGGGCUCUUUUGAGGUCGGGUUUAGAUUCGGCUCACCUCUACUUCCACCAGAAAGCAUCAUACCCAGCUGCCGAUAUGGUUAAUAAUAAUGACCCUCGUGACUGGUGCAAGACUUCCGGUUAUAAUGCAGAUCCCCAAUUGUGGCUGGAAACCUAUGAUUACAGACCUGGACUCACUCCUUUAGAGCCCAACAACACAAUGGAAUUUCCUCCAGCAGGUGUACCAGAUAUAUUUUCAAUGCUUGCAAAGGCAGCUAAGGAUAUAUUGGAUGCUAUCAGCUUCUAUUUGAACUUGAGGAGCUCUCCAUUUACUGAAGUACUUGAUAAUGUUCCCUUAAGAAAUCAGGAAAUAUCUUCUUCAGUAUUAUCUGUCUGCUGUCAUGCAAGGCCUUCAUUUCAGGGCGCACAACACCAUAAUUUUACGACCCAAGAGGAUGGCCAGUUGGUUAUGUUUUCUGACCAUGAGCAUCAAGUUGACAAAAGCUUGAUAUCUCUUGUCAAGUCAGACAAGGCCGGUCUACACAUAAAGGACUUUCAGGGUCGUUGGGUUCUUGUGGAUGGCGAUCUUGGUCCUCAAGAAGCUAUUGUUUACCCCGGACUUGCACUCUAUCAGGCAACUGCAGGAUAUGUCAACCCAGCACUACAGAGAACAGAGCCUACUAAUACACAGAGUAACUUGUUUGGGCGAUGUUCCUUGGCAUUUAAACUCAUGCCUAAACCCAUGACCAGUCUCAGUUGUUCAGAGAUGAGAGCCGCUGGUCAUGGGGUUGAACCUCAGUUCCAGCUUCCAGUAGCGGUUGAUGACUUUAUGCAGAGAUCUCACCCCACCGAUCAACUCUUUAACAGACUCAGUUUUCAAAGUUUCAAUUUUCUUGCAGCACAAGAUGGAUCUGUGAAGCCUUUGUUGAGGAGGAGAAAGAGUGAAAGAACCAAACCUCUGCCGCCUUCCAAGAGAUUACGGGUCGAGGCCCAGAGAGUCCUGAAGGAAAGGGUUCAAGACAUUGCAGACAAGAAGGGAAUCAAGCUGAGGUUCUGCAACCUGAAGGAGUGUGAGAGUCACAUUCAGGCACUUGAUAGCCCAUGUGCAAAUAUAAGAUUGGAGAUCGGGUGGCCGCAUGGAGUGCCAUUUGUUCAUCCCCAUGAUCUCCCAAACAAGGCAAAGAUCGGUUUCCUUGAAGCCUAUGAACCUGGUUGGACUGCUACUCAUGAUAUGGAGUUAAGUCUAACUGAACCUGGACAAGCCGGCCAGUCAACACUCAGUUAAUUGUAAUUGACUCGUAUGGUGCUAACUUCAAUACAUGACCACCCAGAAGCGUGUGGUCCAACUUCGCAUGUGAUGCUCAUAGGAUGACAAUCAUGACUCAUACUUCCCAUACUAAGUUUUCGGUUUGUAUAGACAUUUUUGAGAAAAGAUUUAGUCCUUCACUUCAGUAGUUGACAAAGUGAACGCCAUGGAUUUGGAACCUUCAUCUCCUUUUUGUAUCAGUUGUACUCAACUCUGAGAUGGGUAUCGGGAGCAAUAGGAUCGGAAAAGAGCUGAAUGAAACAUGGAUAGGAGAGUGGAUUUUGGAAAGAUAGUUGCACCUCUCAUAUGGUGUAAGUUUUGAUGCUGUAAUACACUUGUUAUCGAAUUUCGAAUGCUUUCCGCUGCUGAGUUAUAGACUAAUAAAGAGAGGGAGCACCAGAAUCUUGCUGCAGAUGUUCAUUAAUUAAUCUUGUACUCUUUUA